AUGGUGUCUACUGAUGACUAUGAUCUUGUAUAUCUUGUGGCAAUUUCUGAUGUCAUCAGAAUCGUCUCCCACUCCCACCCUGUUUCUACGAAGGAGUCAGGGUGCACCCAGGAACCUCAAGACUAUGCCUCCCGAGACAGACAGUCCCACCCUGCUACCGUCCUGCUGUGCACAUCCGAGAGCAGCCAGACAUCUCUGGUGCCAAAAAACCACCAGAUGUUUACGGAAGAGGCCUACAAUUCAGCCAUCUGCUUCAAGAUGCUCCAGGACAUAGGCACCUCAGACUCUCUCCAACUCAAGUCCAUCACCAAGAAGAUAAAGAAGAUGGCUCAGAGGUCCCCCAACCUGGUGAUGGAAACCAUCCAUGACUACUUCAAAGACAACCCACAGAUCUCCAGCAGGCACAGAUUCCGGCUGUUCCAGGUCAUAAAGGCUGUGAUUAGAGCCCAAGAUGUCUUGGAGGAGACCUGGCAGAAGUAUUUCCUGCAGCUGGCCCUGGAGCACAUGACUAAGUCCACGGAACUGGAUGACACAUAUCAAGACGCAGCCAGUGAUGUGUUACUGGCCCUCUGCCGGCAUUCGUGGCCAGCAGUGGCCAAGCACUUGGAGACGGAGCUCCUGACAGGCGUCUUCCCGCACCGCAGCCUGUUGUAUGUGAUGGGCAUCCUGUCUUCUCAAGAGGAGCUUCUCAAGAAAGAAGACAGAGAGAGCUGGAAAGAUCUGCUUUUCAAGAUGGCCAGAAAGUCGGUGCCAUUCCUGAACAUAGACGUGUGGUCCAAGGAGUUGCUGUGGACCCUCACCAAGUCCGGCCGGAUGCAGCAAGAAUACACCCCAGAGAAGGACUUCCUGUUCACCUACUAUGGGCUAAUCCUUCAAGCUGAGGAGAACAGCACCACCAUAAGGACACACCUCAGAACCCUUUUGGAAACAUCUCACCAAUGGCCUAAGCAAAGGGAGGGCAUUGCUCUCACAGUGGGGCUGGUCGCAGUACGCCACUUGGAUGAUGCCUGGGCCAUCCUAGAGCAGUUUGGAAGGAGCACACCCGUUAAAUGGAGCCUUCAGAACUUCUCCCUGAAGAGCCUCGAGGACCUUCGGUGGAAGUGGGCUGGCAGCACCAUCCUCCUCUCCUACGGCCAGAUGGCAGCCAAGGCCAAGAGCCACAUUCUGCCAUGGGUGGACAACAUCUUGUCCAGGAUGACCUUCUACUUCCGCUUCAGCUCCUGGGACGAGACGCUGAAACAAAGCUUCCUAACCGCCAUCAUGAUGCUGGUAGGGGCCAUCAGCCGGAGCGAGGGUGCCCACAGCUACCAGUUCUACCAGACUAGAGAGCUCCUCGAGUGUCUGACGAUACUGGUGGAGAAAGAGCCGCAAGACACACUGUUCACCAACAUCCGCCAGCAGGCCAUCCAUAUCGUCUCCAGCCUCUGUGCGCUGAGGCCCCCCAUGGAUAUGGACAGGAAAUCCCGGCUCCUAUCCACCUGCUUCCGCAGCAUCUUUACCCUGCCUCUGCUGGAUGUCCUGGAGAAGCACACCUGCCUCUUCCUGGAACCACCCAACAUCCAGGUGCAGCCUGCACUUAAGGCCAGGGCAUCAGGCUCACACUGUGGGACAGGUAUGGGUGCCACUGGGCAUUGUGCCAACCUUGGGCAUCUUCCCCACAGAACCUGGCUGACCUCCUCUCUCCCACAGGGACUAUACUGCCAAACCAUGGAGGCACUGGACCACAUGCUGCAGAGCUUCAUAGUGCAGAGCCCCACAGCCAAUGAGCUGUACUUCCUGCUGUCGCACCUGUAUGUCUGGCUGACAUCAGAGAAGACUCACGAGCGACAACGAGCUGUGCACAGAUGCACAGUGCUCUUCAAAUUCCUGAACUAUAAACGCUGCCUAAAUACCAAGGAAAACUUCAGAAGGAUCGGGCAGCUGGUGGCCAUGCUGGGGAUCCUGUGCCAGGACUCUGACAGGACCAUCCAGUGCUUCAGUCUAGAAGCCAUGGGCCAUCUCAGUCAGCUCCUGGUGCACCAGAAAGGAGACGCUCCAGAAGUGGAGAUGGAGACCCCUCGGGAAUUCCUCCAGCCUGGUGCAAUUGGAGCCACCCUGUGGAGCAGUGGAGACCAGAGGGGCACUCUUCUGAUCCCCCAAGAGAUGGCAUCCAAAAACGACAGCAUCUCCUACAUGGGCAGCAACCACGCUAUCAAGGUCAAAGCCUUUACAAUCUUUCUGGCUGGUGAUAAGGUGACAGGCUUUCCACUUUUACAGGAGACUGUGAGUCAUCUUGCAAUGGCCGAACUGACAGACCUCAUCUGGACAGCCAUCGAUGGCUUGGGUUCUACCAGCUCUUCCUGGGUGCAGGCGGCUGCCAAUUUGCUUUUCCUUGUCAUCCAGGAGUAUGGGGACAACCUAGAGACUGUUGGUAAAAUGGGCCAGGCCAUCCACCACCACCUCUGUGCCAUCCAAAUACCCCAAGCCAAGGACAAUGCCCUGCGUGUCAUCACCCUACUGGCCCGGAACCACAUCCCAGAGCUGGUGGCUGUCUUCCUAGACUUUUCCACACCCCUGGACAGCCAUGCCUUUCGCCUGUGGAGGGCCCUGGGAGCUGAACAGCCUGCAAGCCACUUGGUUCUGACUGUGCUGCUAGCUUGGCUGCAGAAGAGGCCUCUGCCCCCUAGCGGCGACCACAGCAGCUCCUGUCCCAAUGAGAAGCCCUACUUGCGUUCACUGGCUGCCAUGAACACGAUUCACGAACUCCAGUUCGCCAGAGAGUUCAAGAAAGCCAUGCGGGAUGUCUUUGCCCAACUGUUCCUGGCCCUUCUGGCCCAAAUGCACUAUAUCCUGGAGUUGAACCAACCCACAGAGCCUGAGCAGGAGCAGGAAGCCCAGGAAGAAGCCAUGCCAAGCCCCCAAAGGUGCAGCACGGCGUUGGAGGCAUUGAAGAGUUUACUGUCCACCACGGGACACUGGCGUGACUUUGCUCACCUGGAACUGCAGAGUGCCUGGGAAUACUUCACCUCCAUCCACACCUAUCCAAAGGCUGUGGGCCUCCUUGCCAGGGCCAUGGUGCAGAACCACUGCAGUCAGAUCCAGGCAGUUCUCAGCUACUUGUUGCCCAGCCUGGAGAGCCAGCAGGAGCGAGAAAGGAAGACAGCCAUCUUGCUCUUCAUUGAGUUCCUCUAUAGCCCUGUCCUGUUGGAGGUGCUUUCUAAACAGGCUGCCCUGACUGUACUGGCUCAAAGCCUCCAGGAUACCAGCUCUGAGAUCCGUGUGGCCAGUCUGCAGGGCCUUGGAAACAUCCUCUUCCAUCCGGAGAAGGGAACCCUGCUCCAGGGGCAACUGCCAGCCUUCCUUGAUGGCCUCUCCCAAAACAACGAGGCAGUGGUGAUAGGCAUCAUGGGCACAGUGUCGGAUGUACUGCACCGCCUGGGCACAGAGGGCGCAGGCGCACAGAGCCUCAGCAUUGCUAUCAACGCCCGCUACUACUUUGAUGACGAACAGGACAACAUCCGAGCAGCAGCUAUGGCACUGUUUGGGGAUCUGGUGGCAACGAUGACAGGCAGUGUGCUGAGUGGCCUGCGGACCCAAGUGUGCCAGAGUAUGGUGCCUUUGCUCCUGCACCUGAAAGACCAGUGUCCAGCUGUUGUCACGCAGGCCAAGUUCACUUUCUACCGCUGUGCUGUGUUGCUCCGUUGGCAGCCACGGCACACCCUGUUCUGCACGCUGGCCUGGGAGACCGGCCUCAGCGCCCGCCAUUUCCUCUGGACCUGCCUGAUGACCCACAGCCAAGAAGAGUUCAGCAUCCACUUGUCACAGGCCAUCAACUAUCUGCACAGCCAUGACCACCACAUCAAGACGUGGGCAGCUCUUUUUAUAGGGUACACCACCUGCUACCAACCCAGGGCCGUGUCACAGAUGGUAAAUGACACAGACAGCAAGCUGCUAUUCUCCACUUUUAAAGACCUCAAAAAAGACCCAGAACCCGGCAUCCGGGAAUUUGCCACCAGACAGCUGUCAUUCCUUCGGGAGGUGUCAGCCAGACCCAAGUAGUGACUUUGAGCCAUCCUCCCUACCUCUACCCUCCCCAAAACAGCCCUGCCCCUAACCCUAUCCACAGAGCUUGGUUGUAUAACAUUUUUCCAUUUGAAAGAAAAA